AUGAUGGCUGUCAGUCGCACAGGAACCCCACUAGCAUCCUCUGAACAGUCAGCUUCUGUCCAGCUUGGUGCCAUUGACAACAGUCUGUCCUGGCCAUGGAAACAUCCUGAUGCCUGGCGUAGUUUCCCCUUCGGUUGGCUUUUCCUGCCUGUUUCCUUGAUCGGACAACCUUUUUCGCAGAAAACUCGCGACCACUUCCUUCCACUACUUACAUCUACAGCCUGGUGGAGCGGUACACAAAUGGCCCUGCGCAGCGUCUUUGCGCAAGAUGAUGACUUCAAAGAGAGCAUGUUCGCUCGACAAAUUGCUGUCAUGAAAGGUCAAGCCUGGAAUGUUGUGGAAACAUUGAAGCAACCGGACCAUGGUCCGCUAGAGUUGACUCGACGGACCCGGGUCUGCGUGUGGGAUGAUUUGGUUGACGUCCCCGUUGCUAUUCCAAUGCGUCCGCCUUCCGCAGACAAGCAAAGGACCCGAUCUAUGAAUUACGACCCUGAUGAAGAAGAAAUGGAUAUCGGCGCAUCCGCAUAUUCGCAACCAAUCCCAGAAUACGACUUAUUGGGAUUGAAUACGUCGCCAAGCGACCUCCCUAACCCAAACCGGUUCGAACUCACCCGUGGUCGAGCUGAUGCUGACAGCGAACGUGCUGAUGGUUCUGUUGGUAGCCCUGCGACUAUAAAUGACUUUGGCCACCGAAACACCGACGGUUCUGGGCGCUCUCUGGAGGAGUGGCCUUCGCUUCCCCCCGUCCGCAAAAGCAUCGCAAAAAUGACGGUUCCAUGUCCUGGCGGCUUCCCCAUGUCAACACCUUUGGCAGCGACGAUCUUGAAGGCGAUCUUGGCUAUGCAGUCGCAGAAGGCAUGGAAGGCAACCAGCGCAAGGUGA